ACCUGGUAUGUCUCUUUUCUAUUGAUUUCUCUUUGCGAUAGUUUCCGUUUAUUCUAAAUCCGAAGGCAAAACAGAAACGCAUUUACUGACAUGUUAACAUGCAGCCACCUUCGAAUCCCCGAUCCCACUGUGACCCUCCCCUACGCCCACUGGAAACAAAUCGGACCCGACCUGCAUCAUGUCGGAUCGCCGCUUUAAGACGCUGCUAUCAAAGCUUUCGGGGCUUACCAUUGUGGCGGAAGAACUCUUCCUCACAGACAACGACCGACUUCUUGUCGUCGCUCGUAUCCUCGACAUGCACCCUGCUGACGGUCCGGACCAGAGAUUGGACAAGGAGACGCUCCACGAUUCGCUACUCAAGCUGAUGGAGACAUGCCACGCCGAGAGGGAUGCAAUGUGGUUCAGGUCCCGUAUGGAGCCUCGUUUCUGGAUGCGCGUCCGAGCCAGCACUCCCUGGGCCGGUGGUCUAGACUUUGAGGUCCUCCGCACGUUGGCUCUUGGCCUCACCCAAGCCGCCUGGGCACACUUCAAGGACCCCAAGCGUAAUAAGAACGGCGACCCACAGCCCUGCUGCAAACUCGCCAUGGCGUCGCUCCAAUUUGCCAGCGACAUCAACGUAUACGAGGGCCAUCUUAAGCCCGAGAAGCUCAACGACAUGAACUUUUCCGAAUGGCGCGGGCUACGACGCCCGUGUUCCCCAUCUACCGCCACGACAUUGCGUUUACUCCCCGCGCGGAGGGAAACUUGAGCCAAGAUUACGACUUGACUGCGGACGAGCCCGAAAUCUUCAAAAUUCUAGUCCGUGUCUAAUACGGAGACAGCGUCGAGCGAGGGACCGAAACCAAGGAAGUGAAACCAAGGGACGUAACCUAUGACUACAUGUACCUAGGUAGAGUCCGAAGCUUGAGCCGCGGGUAGCGCUGGAAGCUUACCUAGAACGGUAGAAUGGAUGAUUUGUCUCGAGGAAGUUGUGUGUUGUGUCGCUGCAUGUGCCGUGUCCAUGGAUUGUGGUGUGGUGUAUUGAGAAGACGAAUUGUACCGAUCAUAUGUUGACGUGAAAUUGUUUCCGAGAGCCAAAGGUCGAGCUGGGGUGUCGAUUGACG